AGAGGUGGUCGCGUGCAAGGAGGAUCGGGCAAUCGCGGCACCAUGAAGAUCCUUCCUCUCCUAUAAAAGGCGAGCCCGAGGAAGAAGAAGGGGGGUGGGGGGUAUCGAAGGGGGAUUAGCAGAAGAGAGAAAAAGAGCCGAGAGAGCGAGAAGCUUAGCGGCGAAUCCUUGGGAAGAGAGAAUCCGAGUGAGAAAGAGCCCGAAACAGAGGAAACCAAGAGUGGGAACAAGAAAGCAGAAGGUGGCGGAUAGAGGAGGCUGACUCCCAUGACGGGUUCACCGAAGGAGUUCUCUACAAUCCCUUAUUCUUCAACAAGUGACAUUUUCUCUCUCAAGUGUUUGCUGUUGAGCUGUAGAGAAGCUUCUCACUACACAUUUCGUUACUUGAGGUUUUCAAGCUCAUCUAUGGAUUCAAACAUCAAUAGAAGUUAUCAAAAGCAAAGUUUUGCAACCCAAAUAACUGGUUCUUCGACAACAAAUGAUUGCUCCAACAGGAAAAUUCCCCAUGUAUUAACUGUUGCGGGCUCAGAUUCAGGAGCUGGUGCUGGAAUUCAAGCUGAUUUGAAGACUUGUGCUGCUCGUGGAGUGUACUGUUCCACUGUCAUAACUGCUGUCACUGCACAGAACACUGUUGGGGUUCAGGGUAUUAAUGCUUUGCCAGCAGAGUUUGUUGCAGAGCAGUUGAAGUCUGUUCUCUCUGAUAUGCAAGUUGACGUGGUGAAAACAGGAAUGCUGCCUUCCAUUAACAUAAUCAAGGUUCUUAAUCAGAAUCUUAUAAAGUUCCCUGUUAGAGCUUUGGUUGUUGAUCCUGUUAUGGUAUCUACAAGUGGAGAUGUGCUGGCUGAUCCAUCGAUUCUCUCUGGAUUUUGGCAUGCUUGAGCACCAAUCUCUCCUUUUCAUCAUACCUGUUCCAAUAAUAUCAUAAACCUAUACAAGGAGAGCUGUAACUCCCCUUGAGUAUGAGUACUUGAUAAAUAAGGUUUGGUUUCCUUGACUCUACUUAUUCGCUAUCACUGGCUUUACCUUUGCAAAUCUUCCAAACCAUACUUUUGAUAAUUGUUUGAGCCUAUAAAGUAAUUUUUUUAGUUUGCACACUUUAUUUGCUCCUACUUUUUGGUAAAUCCUGGAGGAAUUUCUAUAUAGAUUUUUUUUUUCAAGUCUCAAUGUAGAAAUGCAUUUUUUACAUCAAAUUGCAGUAACUACCAAAAUCAAAGUUGGCGGCUAGGGAUUGUAGGACGAUAUUAUAUUCAUCUUGGCAACUGGUGCGAACGUUUCCUGUUAGUAUAUCCCAUAAGUUUGAGUAUAAUCCUUGGCCGCCAAUCUUACUUUAUAUCUCUCUAUGGUCCCCAUAAGCCUUGUAUUUUAUGGUAAAUAGCCACUUGCAUCCACAGGUCUCUUUCCUUGGGAAAAUCCACCACUUCUUAUGUCUGUACUCUUUUCAAUAUUUAUAUUUCAACACUCAUGCAUUUGUUCACUCCUUACCAAAUAAAGUCUCAGACAAUGAAUUAGCAAUAGACACUGCAUUUAGACUUAUGAGAAAUUUUUGUAAUAUGUUGAGCAUCUAUCAAAUAACAAAAAGUUUGUAAUUGGGUAGAAUGGAUGUUUAGUAUAUUCACUAGUCCUUUUUCUGAGUAUAAUUAAAUAUAUUUCUAAAGAUAAAGAGUUAUUAGAAGUUUCCUCAUUCCCAGCACUCAGUGCUCAGAUACUUGAAGUUGCUUUGGUUUAGGAUUCGAGUUUCUUCUCCUUGAGUACACUUCAGUGAAUCAUGGGUCCUGUAUGGUUUCUGAUCCAAAUUCAUUAUCUGGAUUUUGGUGUACCUUGGGUUCAUUUUUUGGGUUUUUGACACUGAGAAUGAGAGAGUUCAUUUUUUUGGUGAGGAAGGUAGUGUGAUGUCAAGCAUGAUUAAAUCCUUAUCUCUACGACAUUCUCCCCCUAAAGAUAAAGUUGGCUAAAGAAGAAUUCAAUUUCAACAAACUUUUUGGUAAGAGGGUGAUAAUAUUGAAUCUCCUUUAUGUGGAUGGAGUAUUCUAGAAAUACACACUUAAAGGGUCUUGGGUCAAGUUUUCCCCUUUGAUGUUAACGUAUCUGAACAUAGGUAAUAUACACCUAAAGACUCUAGGGAUAAGAUAAUUUGUGACCCUUACCUUUGGAAAAAAAAUAUGGAGUAGACUUCCAUGUGACUAUGAAAUUCCAAUACCUUAGAUGGUAACAUGUUAAAAAGAUAUGUGACAGUCAAAAUUGCCUCCCACCAAUAUCAUUUAGGUACCUGAUAUUGAGACAAGAAGACAUAGGUAAUAUGAUGUAAGUAACUAUUUUUCUUUUUUGCUACCUCGCUUUGUUGUGAAGUGUGAACACAAGAAUACUUAUGAAUAAUCCCCUCACUGUAGAAAAGGAUGAUAGUGUUUGAUUGAAGUAGACUUUGGUGUUGUCAGUUUGAAAUCAUUUGAUUUUUAUCCCAACUUGAGUUUUAAUCAUAUUGUGAAAUUAGGGAAGGACAUCACUCACUUCAAGUUUAGAUUUUAGUAAGAAGACUUAGGUCAUUCGUGUUCAAUCAUCUAAAAAUAAACCAUUCAGCUCUAGAAAUGUUGGGAAUGUUUGACAAACCUCAAACAUCACUAUGAAUUAACGUAAAA